AUGCGUAAGGAGACUUUUGUAGUGUGCCUGAUCUUGGCCAGCUGCUGCUGCUGGACGAGUACAGCGUAUCCCCAGAGUGAAGAGAGCUCGUCGUCAACAACAACCACAACAACAACGACAACAACGACGACAACGCCAAAGCCCGAAUCAACAACAACAACAACCACCACUCCAAAGCCCAGCACAACUCCGAGCACAACGCCGAGCACAACGCCGAGCACAACGCCGAGCACAACGCCAAGCACAACGCCAAGCACAACGCCGAGCACAACGCCGAGCACAACAACACCGAGCACAACAACGACGACAACAACAACAACUACACCCAAGCCAGAUGAUGACGCCGAGGCAAAGGAGCUGCUAAUGAAAUGCGAGCAGCUGCGUAGGCGUCACAAGAGGGGCAACUCCUCAUCGGAGGAGGAUAGUGGUGAGCAGAAGUCCGAGAAGAAAGAGCGCAAGAAGCUGAAGAAGAUGUGCAAGGAGCUGAAGAAGGAGCAGGAGCGCAAAGAGAAGCGCCAAAACUCCGAUAGUCUGAAGGAACUCUCAGACGCAUUGCGCAACUACCAAAUGAAACAGAAGAGGGGAAGGCAUUAAACUAU